GCGGCGGCGGCGGCGGCGGCGGGGGUGGCUGGAGGAUGAAGAAGGAGCAUGUGCUGCACUGUCAGUUCUCCGCGUGGUAUCCACUGUUCAGAAGCCUCACCAUCAAGAGUGUAAUUCUUCCACUUCCUCAGAAUGUGAAGGAUUAUUUACUUGAUGAUGGAACUCUGGUGGUGUCAGGAAGGGAAGAUCCGCCAACAUGUUCUCAGCCAGACAGUGAUAAUGAAGCAGAAGAAAUACAGUGGUCGGACGACGAGAACACGGCCACGCUUACGGCACCAGAAUUUCCUGAGUUCACCACUAAAGUCCAAGAAGCUAUCAAUUCCCUGGGGGGCAGUGUAUUUCCGAAGCUUAACUGGAGUGCCCCAAGGGAUGCGUACUGGAUAGCAAUGAAUAGUUCUCUGAAAUGUAAAACGCUCAGCGACAUCUUCCUACUGUUCAAGAGUUCUGAUUUCAUCACUCGUGACUUCACCCAACCAUUUAUUCAUUGUACUGAUGAUUCCCCAGAUCCGUGUAUGGAAUAUGAGCUUGUUCUUCGAAAAUGGUGUGAAUUAAUUCCUGGUGCUGAGUUCCGAUGUUUUGUCAAGGAAAAUAAGCUUAUUGGUAUUUCUCAAAGGGACUACACACAAUAUUAUGAUCAUAUUUCUAAACAAAAGGAAGAGAUUUGCAGAUGCAUACAAGACUUUUUCAAGAAACACAUACAGUAUAAAUUCUUAGAUGAAGACUUUGUAUUCGAUAUAUAUAGAGACAGUAGGGGGAAGGUGUGGCUGAUUGAUUUUAAUCCAUUUGGUGAAGUCACAGAUGCACUGCUGUUUACUUGGGACGAACUGUUAUCUGGAAGAAACUUAAAGGGUGAUUUUAGUGAAGAAGCCCUGGAGCAGGAUGCUCCGGCCUUCCGUUGCACCAACAGCGAGGUCACAGUUCAGCCGAGUCCCUACCUGAGCUACCGGCUGCCCAAGGACUUUGUGGACCUCUCCACCGGGGAGGAUGCUCACAAACUCAUCGAUUUUCUUAAACUGAAAAGGAAUCAGCAAGAGGAUGACUGAUUAGCAUGCUAGAGUUCAAGGCCAAGUCACACAGGAAACCACCGCUGCUUCUGGAGGCCGUACAUAGUCCACAACCUCCUAUUAACCCAGUCAGCGGGGGAGGGGGAGGGGGGCAGCGUGGAAGUCAGUGGCUUUUUAUAUUCAUGUAUAAAACUGGGAGAAAUGGAGGGACUUUGCUACUUGUAAAAAUAACACAAUAAAUAGAUCUUAAACAUAGGAAA